AUGCAUCUUCCCAAAAGCCUAGAGCUAGUGCUUGCGACGAAUGAGUCGAUCACGAUUGAUCUGGAUCCGUUGCCGGCGGCCGAUGAGAUUGACGUGGUGAUGGAUAUGCUCGUGGAGGAAAAGCCACCCGCGUUCUUCUGGACGGCGUUGGCAUCGAGGUGCUGGAAUGCGGGGCGGCGGGAUGAAGCCGAGCUCAUCGUACAGAGAGGCUGCGCCGUCAUGCCCGUACAUCGGCCGCAUGACUGUGCGCCCCUCUUUGCGCUGCAGGCGGCUUUUUUGCUUUCCGAGGCACGUGCGGCGCCCAAGCAGGUGCUCUCCGAGGCGCGAUACCAGCAGCUUGGCGAGCGCAGGACCAAGCAGCACUAUUUCCGCCAGGUGCAAGAGUCUCUACAGCAUGCACAGACGUCGAAUGCGCAUCACGCACUGCUGGUGCAGGUCCGUGCCAUCACUGCGCUCAUGUCGGGCGACACGGCCUUGGCAUCCAAGCAGUUUGACGCACUUUUGUCGCGUGCGCCCUACCAUCCUGUGGCGUUGAUGGGCCGCGCAUGUGUGCAGCUGCGCACGCGCCAAUUUGUCUCGGCAUUGCACACCUAUCAGCAGGCACUGCGUGUGACCAUCCGCAUGGACCAGUCAGCGGACAAGCACCAAGACCCGGCGCUGGCAUGGCACGGUGCCGAUCCCCGCGUGGGUAUCGGUUUGUGUCUCUGGUCACUGGGGCACUAUGAUGCGGCCCGGCGUGCUUGGCGUCGCGCGACGGCGUAUCGCUCCGACGCCUCUGCACCACAUGUGCUCCUAGGCCUCUCGCUCAUGAAUGCUGCCAAGUACCCUGGAGCUUUGCCUGCCGGAGUGUACGGCGCUCAUUCACAACGGUCUGAGGAGGAGGCACGACGUGCUGCUUAUGCUGACGGUCUCCAGCACAUCCAGCAGGCAUGGCAGCGCGACAAGACGUGUGCCAUCACCGCCGUGGUGCUCGCCUCACAUGUGGCGUCCCAGGCAUUGCAUGGCAUGGCGGACUUGUGGCCAGCCGCCUACGAUAUGACUACACCACGUGGUGCAUCCACGUCUCGCGACACGCUGUCCACGACCUUGGAGCGAGCCGUCAAGCUGGGCGAGCACGCUGUACAAUACGCCGACGCCCGCUCCAUUGUCACGCAUGCAUGGCUGCAGUAUGCGCAUGCGCUACACUUGACGUCGCAUCUGCCAGAACAUGCGACAGACCAUACAGCCCGUGUGACGGCCCAGCGGUAUUACACACAAGUGCUCGAAAUGCUGGCGCGUUCGUCGACGGAUGUGCAUCGGCAUGCUUUAGCACAUGGCCAGGGUCUCGCUACGCUUGGCCUCGCGCAACUGCAGGCAUCAACGGGCGAUACGGUCGGCGCUGUCCGCACCCUCGAUGCUGUCCUCACUCGGCCCAGUGGAUCCACGGCUUACGCGACCGAUCUGGCCCUGAUGGCCGGUCUAUUGUUGGCAGCCUCUCACGAUCCUCAAAUGGACCGCCACCGUGCGUGUACCCUACUUGAUCGCGUCGUGCGUACCGCAGCCGAGGCUCAGUCGCUCUUGUCGCCUACGUCGACGGGCGAGGGCGGAGCGCUGGCCUCGGAGCGCCUGUCCGAACUCACGCUGCGUGCCAUUGUGCGCAUGGCCGACGAUCCACGCGUGCGUGCUCGCCUCGCAUUUUUGUGGGCACCCAGUGCUCGUGAACGUGCCGUGGAGCAGUACGAAGAGGCGCGCCAGCUCGUCGAUCCAUCGGCGCCUUUGGCGUAUGCGCUCGAGCUGAAUAUGGGCGCCCUGCUGGCUCACGAAUCGGAUGCUCAUGCACUGCGUCGCGCGCUAUCACAUCUGCAGCGCGCGCUUCAGGCGCCCGGCGAGAAUGACGAGGCACAGGCUAUCAAGGUGAUGGCCAACUACAAUAUCGGCCGCGCCCUCGAAUCGCUCGGUGAGCAGACGCAGGCACGCGACGCGUACCUGGCCCUGUUGGCGGCGCAUCCAGAGUAUGUGGCUGCACGUAUUCGCGUAGCUGUGCUGGCCGCGCAAGUGCCGCAGGAAACCGAGGUCCAAGACGGCGGCGUGAUGCGCUCGGCCCGGGAUGUGGCGAAUGCCCGCUUCAAAGAGGCCCUGUCAAGUGAUCCUAGCGACCUGAGCGUGCGCGCUGAGUACAUGCGCUUCUUGGCAGGCACGUACCCGGCCAACCGACACGCGGCUUGGCAGGCCCUGAAGGACUCGGCUGCACAGCUGUUUUUGGGCCCCGAUGCCGGCAAGGCUGUGUUUGGCAGCGCGAGCAUCGCCAAGCGAGCAACGGAGGAAGCUCGGCACGACGCCUACUCACUCGGCGCACUGGGCUGGGCCUACUAUCAGCUGGGCAUUCACGCUGCACCCGGCCCGAAUCAGCGCGCCGAGCGAGCCAAGUGCAUGUUGCGUGCCGCUGAUCUGUUCGACAAGGCUUUGGCCGCCAACCCUCAAAACGUGUUUGCUGCCCAAGGCCUAGCCAUUCUUGUGGCCGACGAUGCAUUGGGAGAUCCCAACGUCGCGCCCGAUACGCUCGAGGCACGCCGCAAGGCGGCCGCCGAAGACGCCACGGCGCUGUUUGGCAAACUGCGCGAUGUGCGCGACGAUGCCAGUGUAUAUGUCUGCCAAGGCCACGCAUUCAUGCUAUGUGGUGCCUGGGACCGUGCCGCACAUGUGUACGAAUUGGCGCUUACGCGCUACGACUGUGGACGCGAUCCGGCGGUGCUGCAGUACUCGGCGCGCGCGCUUUAUGCGUUGGGUAUGCAUGAGCACGCGAUGUCCCACAUCGACGUGGCCAUGUCGCAGCUCGACACGGCCGCCCAAGUGCUUCUCGAACGCUGUGGGGGCUCCAGUGCGGAUAUGGCUCAUGUGUCCAGCACCGCCGGUAUCGAAUGGAAGCAGCUGCAAUACAACCGCGCUGUUAUGGCCCACAAGGCCCUCCAAAUGCUCUAUGACGAACCGAUGGAGCAGCGCACGUCCGCUCAUCUUCGCAUGGCGAUCGAAUGGGUGCGGCAGGCGCAGCCACUCUUGGAGGGCGUGCUUAUGGACGCUGCGAAGCAUCAGCAGCUCCUAUACAUCACCGACGAAGUGGUCGAGCAGCGUGCCAAGUAUGCCGACAUGUCCUUGCUCAAGCAGGCAGAGCCGCAGCUCCAGGAAGCCGUGGCCCACGAAGACGCGCAGCGUGAAAAGCUGGCUCGUCUCGACGAAAAGCAGCGCGAACGUGAGGCGCAUCUCACACAGCUGCGUCGUGAGAAAGAAGAGGAGCAUCGCCGCCGUGCCGAGGCCAUCGCCGAAUCGCGUCGUCGUGCGCGCGAAGAAGCAAGCCAGAUUGAGUACGAUCGUGAACCGUCGCCCGAGCCACGCAAGCCACGUGCCUCAGCACCGCGGAAGAAGAAGACCGCGCCUGCUGCGUCGGAUGAGGAGCCUGAUACGUUCGUGGCGCGCGACGAUGAACAGCUCUUUGAAGAAAGCAGCGACGAGGACGAAGAAGAAGCGCCACCCUCGAACGACGACCAGGACGAUGAUCCCCCCCUGGCAUCCGAUGCACCUGCGGCUGAGCCGAUGCAGGAAGCCUCAGAUCAAGAAACAGAAGCGCCCGUCAACCCCAUGCGGGCACGGCUCGAGGCGUUGGCUCGUGAGCGCAAGCAACGCAACGAGGAGCCUCGGCCCAAGAAGCGACACGGUGACAAAGCAACGCGCCGUGAGGCCAAAAAGGCCAAGGUCGAUAGUACAGAGUAA